GGGAAGCAUGUUGACCACGUUUUAUUCAAAGAAUAGAACCUAGGAAUAGAGUGUUAUAAGCUAAUUUUAAUUAAUUAAAAUUCUGACAUUUAAUGAUCAGAAGCAUUUACAGAAAUGGUUCUUCAUGUUUAUUUCCUUCUUAACUGAUAGGUUUUGUUUGUUCGCCGGUGUCGCUUCUCGAGGAAUCCGCGUGACCGGUGUUUUCGAGACAAGUCAAUUUCCGAUUGUCAAGGUGUCGAGGCGAUACCCAAGAGACCAUGAAAUCGGCUUCGAUAAUAAUCUUUUUAUCGUGUCUGCUUUAUCAUCUGGACAGAUCACAUUCUGCUCCAGGAAGGACGGUCGACGAAGUUCUGCUUGGGGAAGUUGACAUUUCCUUGCAAGAUAACAGUUUGGAAAUUACCACCGAGGAACCAUUCACGAAGAAGUGUAUUGUCAACGGAAAUAAUUAUUCGCACAGUCAAACGAUACCAUCUUCGGACUCGAAUUCUCAUUGUCUCUGUGUCGCCGGUGAAGUUUAUUGUUGGUGGCAAACAUAUCAUUCAAAUGCGGAUUCUUUGGCAGCCAUUUCUUCCUCCCCUUCGACUAUAUUGAAGGAUAGCCAUAUCUUUGAAAGUAGUACAGACUCCAUGGAAAAUUUGGAAGCCUCUGGAGAAGCUUCAGACGAGAUGAUCGAGGGAAAUAACUUCGAUAAUAACACGACCACCACGAGUGAAUCGCCCAUUUCAUCUUCCACCUGCAACAUCAUGGGAAGAGUAUAUCAACAGGGCGAAACUCUUCCACAGUCGACUGGAAAUUGCGUGGAAUGUAGUUGUGGACCGGAAGGGCGAAUCAAAUGUUCGCCGAAGGAUUGUGUCGCUCUGAAAUCAGCAAUUUCAUCGGAUAAUCCAUCAGAUGGUGAAUUCGAGGUAUUGAGGCUUGACCGGAACGGGGAAAUCGACGAAUCCUUUUAAAGCAGAAAAACGUGAUAUCUAUACAAAACCAACCUGAACUUCGAUUGACUCGAAAAUUUGGAGAAAGCAUCAACUGAAGUACCUACUUGCAUGAAAAGAACCAAUCAAAAUAUUUCAAGCAAAAUAAACCAACAUAAAUAUUCUACGGUAAUGAAACUAUGGAAAACCCCAUGGAAACUUUUUUCAGUGAUUCAUAUUUACUAACUAAUAUAUUAUUGUUCAAAGAUUACUUUAGUUGAUAUUUGUUUCCGCGUAGAAAAUAAAAAUACUAAAAAGAAAAAAACGGCGCUUUCUCAAAUUCGAGAGUGUGCCUUCGCUCCUGUGACGUCAACAAACAUGAUCGAUCACAGGCUGAUCUGACUUUUUCAAGUAGUCUAGAUUUUGUAUGAAAUUUUUUCAAUUAAUUUCUCGAUUUCUCUUAUUUUAAGUACUAAUUAUGGAUACUUUGUUUCUAUCCAUUGCAAAUAGCAGAAAAAAUUAGUAGCUUUAAAGAUAUUAAACUGAUAAUUGAAACCCGAGAAUUUGGGAGAACGAUUCUCAUGCAGUCGUGUACAAGAUUUACACCUUUAAUUAUUUUUACGUAGAAUUUGUUAGCAAAGUCGAAUCGACUAGGGUAGAGAAUCGUGUUUAGAAAUUGUUGACCAAAGUAUAAACAACGGCCUAUUCCUUACGUUAGAAAAUAUGCCAUGAGAGUUUUCAGUGUAGAUUCAAAAGAAUUCGUAGGAAUUGGAUACUGUCAUCAAAUUCUUCACAUAUCUGUUAAAGAGAUUUAUCCUUUAAAGUUCAAAGUAAAACUUCAUACAGUUUAAAAAUUUUCAACGUAUUCUACAAAAUACAAUAUACUUGAAAAUUAUCUUUUCUGUGCUUGAACUUCAGGAUUAAAAACAAAUUAUUAAUAAAUGAAGAAUGACUUUGGGCUUUAAUAUAUGAAUCGACGAAAGUGAUAAUCUAGUCAUAUCUCCUGAAUUACGAGAAAGAGCGAAUAGAGUAAAAAAAUCCGUUUUUACUAGCAUAUUCAACUCGUGAUAC